ACAUUGUGGUGAAGGACUUCCAGCACUUCCCCAAUAGAUAUGACAUGAAUUUAGGCCAAACCGGUCUCUCUUCGGCCCUAUUCUUCAUGAGAGGCGAUGAUAACUGGAAACGUGUCCGCUCUGUCGUCACCCCUGCCUUCACUACUGGCAAACUGAAGGCAAUGAUGGCCAGCAUUGAGGGAAUCGCCGACCAGUUUGUCAACAAUUUGGAUGUGUUUGCAAAAAGUGGCGAAACAGUAGAUAUGCGCAAAUACUUGGGUGCCUUCGCAAUGGAUGUGAUCAGUGCCUGCGCUUACGGUAUAAAUGUUGAGUCCAUUAAUAAUCCCAAUCAUCCCAUUGUUGUCAACGCCAAGAAAAUAUUGUCUGUGGACUCGAGCCUUAGUUAUGCCGUAUCAGUACUGCUGCCACCGAUUGCCCGACUCUUACGUCUGGAACCGUUUGACAAAAAUGCCAUUAAAUUCUUUGAUUCAUUAACUAAAGAGAUAGUCAAUGAACGCAAGAGAGCAGCAAAACUGGCCACAAAUGAGGGAAAAAAGAGAUCAGAUUUCAUACAAUUAAUGAUUGAUAACGAGAGGAAUGACAGAGACUUUGAUUCCGAUUAUAAUAGCGAAGAAGAGAUACAAGAAUUGGCACAAAAUUCAACCAAAAAGCAGUCAAAUCAGACGUUAUCUGAGGACGAGUUGACGGCUCAGGGAAUACUGUUUUUCAUCGCCGGUUACGACACGACCAGCGCUUCGCUCUCUCAUGUCGUCUAUUAUUUGUCUCAAAACAAAGACAAACAACAGAUUCUGAGGGAAGAACUC